AUGAGCGUCGCUCCUUCCCCAGCGGGUGAGCCACGACGAGCUGCACCUUCGUCUUCUCUCGAGUCCGGUGUUUCGUCCGUCGGACCAUCUAAACAGCACACAAUGUUAACUGCAGCCGCUAUUGACAUUGACCCAUCUACAAUAAUCCGCUACAAGGGACCUGGGCAACUUCUGAAGGUUGCUCUCGAGAAACAGGACGCGCUGAGAAAUCGCAAGACAGAACAGCAGACACUCAUUUUCAAGCCAGUAACCGAAAAACAGUUGAGUACACUGCUGGACCACAUCCAACGGCACAGCGGGAUAUUUAAGGUUGACUACGACAACUUGAGUGAGCUGCUGGUGCUCAAAGUGAUGCCGGGCUGGGACCAUGAAUAUGCCACAGCCUUCCUGACCAAACCGAUCAAUAAACAGCUCGAUUCAAUGGACCUCGAGAACGAAUAUUGCUGCCUCGCGUCUCCGGGAGUGGAACUUCACAAUGGAUUCAAGGAACCGGAUGCUUGUUGGAUCCCGAAGUCCUCUCCGCGACGUCCUACUUGUGUUGUCGAGAUCGGGACCUCAGAGCCUCCGUCACGUUUAGCCAUUGAUGCCCACCGCUGGCUUGAAACUUCCAAUUCUAGUGUUCGCCUAGUGAUUACUGUCUGCUUCAGGUAUCUGCUGGCGGAAACAGAUGAAAGGCCAUUAACUAUCUCUGUUUGGUCCCUCGUUCAUCAGCAGCACAACACAACCACCAGAGAUCCCAUUGCUCUUGCGAAACAAACGACUAUACUUAAUGUUGGCAGAAAGGAUGGUUUAUUGUCAGUUUCCGGGUCUCACUUCGACCCAUUUACGGGGACGGAGACUGAAGCUCAUGAAAUACGACUCCCGCUGCCAUCACUUAUAGGACGCACUCCCGCUAAUCCGAGAGAAAGAGAUGUUAUCCUAACGAAGGAAUCAGUGCUCAACUUGUUUGAACAGCUACUAGAAAGCCGAAGAGUCUAG